AUGAGCGCAUACGGAGGUUUAGGGCCCAUGACCAAUGCGGUCCUUUGGGUAGAGGUCGUGAUUUUUGCUGUCUUCGUAGGGCUAAGGCUCUAUACGCGAAAACACAUUCUGAAUUCGAUCGGCCUUGAUGAUUAUAUGGUCGUACUUGCAUUGAUACUUCACAUCCUUUACACCAUUUUUGUCAGCAUAGGAACCCACUACGGCGUAGGGCAACUGUUUGCGGAUGUCGGCGAUCCAGUUACCUAUUCCAAAGCUACCAUGUAUGAAGUGUUCAGCCAGGUGGCUGGUAUCAUGGUCAUUGGGGUUGGUAAAUGGGCCGUUGGCACCUUCCUCCUACGAAUUGUGCGCAAUAAAAUUCAGAUUUAUUUUAUCUGGGGUUGUCUUGCGAUCACCACCAUUAUCACGCUGUUCGCCAGCAUCACCGUUGUGAUACAGUGUUUUCCAGUCCAAAAGACUUGGAACCCAACUCUGGAAGGAACCUGCUGGCUCGACUUUUCCAAGGUGGGCUACACGGUUGGAUCGUGGUUCGUCGCUGCGGACUUCUCCUUUGCGAUUCUUCCAUGGUUCAUUGUCUGGGAUCUCAACAUGAAGCAAAAGGAGAAGAUCACCGUUGCCUGCGGUCUCAGUCUUGGAAUCUUCGCUGGAGUAUGUGGUAUCGUUCGCACCGUGGCUCUGGCCGGCCUGAACGCAUCCGAAUACAUCUAUGAUACCGUGCCAAUGCUCAUCUGGUCCGCAACCGAAAGUUGCGUUACGAUCAUGUGCUCGACGAUUCCCGUCCUCCGUCCUCUCUACGUUCGCAUUAGGUACGGCACAAAGGACGAAGGCAGCUCUGGCAACACUUCCUACAAACUACCAUUGUACGGUAGCGGUCGCAAGUACGGUAGACUUUCGAAAUCCGGUCUUGACCCUUCCACCGUUGAAACGAUUGGCGGUUCCCUCCGGGCACCUGCUGGAAACUACAACACCAGCAACGUUAGCAACGAGCAUAUCCUUGGGGACGUUACAGGCAUCGAAAGGACGGACGAGAUUUCCGUUAGCUAUGAACAAGUCGAGAAGAAAGUCUAG